AUGUUGUGUUUCUAGCUGGUGCCGGUACUUUUUUCCUUCUGAGCCAUAAAAUCCAGACCCAAAGUUUCGUUUCGGAUACUAAAAGAACUCGGCAUUCGAUAUCGUGUUGUAAACGAGACGAAUCAUUAGUAGUACGGCAAUACCAGUGAAAUGUCUACCCAGCGAAGCGACGAUAUAGCCCUUAGCUACCACGAAUCUUGCCUACGUUCGUCGGAUGUAGAUCUAUUGAAGGGACCGUACUGGCUGAACGAUCAGAUCAUUUCUUUCUACUUUGAGUACCUCGAGAAUGAAAUAUUCGAGAACGAUGCGGACCUGCUGUUCGUCAGUCCGGAGGUCACGCAAUGCAUUCGGAUGGUAUCGGCAGAGGAGGUUGGCAUUUUCCUGGAUCCGUUGCGUGCGCAGGAUCGAUCGUUUCUCUUCUUUGCCCUGAACGAUAACGUCGUCGCGGACCAGGCCGGCGGGUCGCACUGGAGUUUGCUCGUCUUUUCGCGCCCAGAGAAAACGUUCUACCAUUUCGAUUCAUCGCGGACUGCAAACUCGGAGCACGCCCGCCACCUCGUAGCGAUACUGAAGCGGGCCCUGCACUGCCCUGAAGCCCAGAUGCGCAGCGGUGAAUGUUUACAGCAGAGCAAUGGAUAUGAUUGCGGAGUGCAUGUCCUGUGCACGGUAGAUACGGUCACCCGACAGAUACGGAAGCAAGGAAAAAUCGAGGGAGUUCGCAGUACCCGGUACGACGUCAUACGCGCCAAGCGAGAGGAUAUAUUAGGGAUUAUAGAGAAUCUUGGCGGCAAGAUUAAAUAACAGAAAAAACAGUUGUCUAUUUCACCGAUCUCUGUUUAUGGAAUGAUAGGUUUCUAACUAAUUCUUUAUAAAAUGUACCCCACAAUACAUUGGCUUUGAAAGUGGAAAAUUAGCAGUUACAUUUCUAUCUAUUAAUAACCCUGCUGAAAUGUUCGGUGUGAUUUAUGAAUGAAACACACGCAAAUACAUACGAGGAUAGUUUAUGAAAAAGUUAAUGGAGAGUGUUGUAGGGUUAUAAUUUUUCUCAUAGUUUUGCAAGGUUUAUGUUUACAAGUGUUUGAAGCACAAUAAACUAAUGUUCAUGAUCAUUACUCCUGAUUUGCUAUUAUCGCUUGUAAAAUGUUUUCAAUAUCAUGACAAAUAUAUUUUUUUUAUAUUAACACGAAAAAACAACAUGAGAAGAUCCCAUUCAUAAAAUACAUAUAUUAGUAUAUUUCAUUCAAAAACAUAAAACAAGAAAAUACAUCUA